AGUCAACAAGGCGUCAUGGUUCGAAAUGCUCCCAGACUGUUGAAGGGUCAGGGUAGGACGUAGUUUCCUCGUGGUCAAUGUAAACAUUCAAGGCGUUAACUCUUCAGCCCCAGUGUGAUGGAUUUCCAGUCUGCAAUGGAAACAUUUGCAGAGGCAUGGGUGGCAGCCCACACCCAGACCCCCUUGACUGAAGCUGCAGAAACACAGGGGCUGAUGCUGAGUGGCGGUGUAGUUUCAAGUGGGAACGCAUGCAUGCACGAGAUGACACCUGAGCGGCGGAUAAAACAGGAGAACGCUCCUGAAGCCGGGAUGAGGAGUCCCGGUUCAUCUUCUACAGCCUUAACAUCGCUUAUAGAGUUCCAGUCAAAGAGCACGAAUUCUCAAGCCGGCCGAUCCAUCCCAGUGCAUUGCAUAGUGGAGCAGGUUACUCCCCAAGGCCAAUCCGUGGAUCUGUCGCAAGCUGCGGUGGAUCAAAAUGAUUACGCCAUCAUCCCUAGCAACACCCUCUUCUCCGAGCUCGUCCGCACUGCUCUCAACAAGCUGGGCUAUUCCUCCUCAGAGGCUUUAGCUGCCAAAGGUGCUAUUCAACUAAAAAACUGGAAGCCCCUGACGUUCGAUCAAAUCACAGAAUCCCCAGAAGCUACGGUGGGAGACAUUCUUGGUGAAUUAUCCACGGUAGCAACUCUUCGGAUACGAUUAUAUAGUCGGCCGAAGCAACACGGUGCCAAUGACGUUAAAGAAAAAUUGUUACAAGUUCUCUUGGCCCAAUCACAGAACUUAUUGAUCAGUUCCGGUUGCCCCAUCGACCAGGUGAGUAGCGUUCUCGCGGCUUUAACCAAAGGCCGUCUCGAUUGUGAUAUUCCUGAAGAAACGCGGAAAAAGUUUGAUCAGUGGUAUGUUCAACAGUUUUUCCAGCAUUGCCGGCAAGUAGCGUUGCUUCAGCAGCAGCAGCAACAGCAGCAGCAGCAGCAACAACAACAGCAACAGCAACAUUUGCAUCAUCAUCAUCCUCAUCAUCCCUCAAUGGUUCCGUCUAGUGAACCUAUAACUGUGUCGGGUAGUCCUCCUCAUACACCUCAAGAUCUAGUUGCGCGGGUGGCAAUAGCUGGACCACAGUCACAAGGUCGCACCCGUAUUCGAACUUCAUUCGAUCCUGAGCUCGAGCUUCCUAAAUUGCAUCGAUGGUUUGCUGAAAAUCAGCAUCCAUCACGUUUGCAGAUACAGCAAUAUGUGAGGGAACUAAAUUCGUUAGAGUCCCGAAGAGGUAGGAAACCUUUGGAUGUAAACAAUGUUGUGUACUGGUUCAAGAAUGCGCGAGCAGCCCAUAAGCGGGCUGAGCAGAAAUGUUGCUCUGAGAGCAAUGGCGUACGCAGUCCUUGUCCUGAAGCUGGAGGUGAAAGCCGAUCCUUAGUUUCCGACUCCAACGUUGGACGACCACCUAAUGAAAACGAAGGCGAACGUUUUAGUGGUGGCGAGAGUCAUUCAGAGUCACAGGCAAACAGUUCUGAUGACUCAGACAAUGUUCAUACACUUGACCUUUCUGUCCGCCGGUGUCAUAGUUAUGGUCUGAUGGGCGAAACAGACCAUAGUGAACCUCAGGUUGAACUCAGGAUCAAAGAAGAGCCAAAGGACUCGAAUAGUGAACAUUCCAUUGAAUCGAGUGAUAGUGGUGAUGAGGAAGUCGAUGUCAUGGAGGAUCUAAACAUGAUAACUGAUGAACCGGAAAAUAAAGAAGGGUACAGUGAUGUCAUGCAACAGAACGGUGGUGUACCUGGAAAUGAGAAUAUGAUGUCUCAUGACGGGGAUCCUGACCGUCAGGGUGGAAAUUUUCCCGCCCGUGUCUUGGGCCGUUUAGAGGAACGGAGAAAACGGAAUCGAACCUUUAUCGAUCCCGUUUCCGAGGUUCCGAGACUGGAACAAUGGUUUUCCGCAAACACCCACCCCUCUCAUAGCCAGAUUGUUCGCUUUACACAAGAACUGAACAGUAUGCAAUACAGGCGGAAAUUCCCAAAGCUUGAACCUAAAAACAUUCAAUUUUGGUUCAAGAACAGGCGGGCCAAAUGCAAAAGGUUGAAUUUAGCAGCCAAUUUGCAAAAUAUUAGCUGUACAGACAAAAUGAUAUUACCAGCCAAUUAAAAUGGGCUGGAAUUUCAUUGUUUAAUCUCUGGUGCUCUCAUGACGAUCUAACCUCAAUCAUGCUUUAUUCUCCCGAGGCCAUGACUGUAUAACCUAAUCACUCGUUUUAAGUCAAAAAUUGUGGUCCUCAUAUAAAUGCCAAAAUGAGAUAAUGAAACAAAUUGACAUAGGAGGAGACAAAAGAUUUAAUGUGCUUUUUUCUCUUGCUAUAAGUACGUGAUUUGAGAGCUUUCUCUUCUCCCCCCUCCCGACAUCCAAGCAUUCUUCUGGUUAUUAUUAUUAUUUUUUUUUACAAUUGUAUUAUAACCUUUAAAAUGUGAGUACUGUAGACUAACGUAAGUGCAUAGCACUUCUGUAAGUAUAAGUUGCGUUUGACUUGUUAUCAUAUUAAGUUUUAAAAUGAAAAACUAGUUUAAUUAAACUUAUUUCUAGCAUUUAAAAAUGGACGCUGAAAAGUUAUGGCUUGCUGGAAGUUGUACAUUACAAAACAAAUUUUGAUAACGUUAAUAUCAAUUUAAUAUUUAUUGUUUUUUACUUUAAUAAAUUGCUUCGAAGGUAGAAGCAUAUGUAUUCAUUUCUUCGUUUUUAUCUUAAUAUUUAUUUUAAACUAGUUUUAAAGAAAAUAAAUUUAACCUGUGAUUUUUCUUAUACUUAGAAAUAUUUACCUGUGAUAAAGCUUUUUAGCUGCUCGUGAUUUAAUGAUCACCUUAAUUAAGUUAGACAAAAAUCGACAAACAUUAUAUCGUGACUGUUAUGUUAAAUCGUGUUUUAUGUGAUAUCAACUUGUUUAAGAUAUAAAUUACUCUUUUUAAAUUUUCAUUUAUUUGUUAUGAUUAAAUUUCAAACGCUCAUUUAUAUGUUAAGAGCAGUUAGGGUAUCAUUUUUGAACAUUAACUAAGUAUUAUUUAAAAUAUGUAAUGUAGUAAAACAUGUAUCUGUUCAGAAAGAUUUCCUGUGUACGGGUGAUGUUGCGUUUUGAUUUUACUAGUAAUUGCUUUUAUUUGUGCCACUACGAAAAAACAUGCUAGUCUUAAGCUAAUAACAUUUUUUUUCCGAUUUACUCUUAGCAAAUUAUUAUUCUUCAUGUAUGAAUAGAAAUUUGUCUUGUAUAGCUUGAGUCUUUGUUUCUUAUUUAAUGCUUAUUUAAUCACAUUUAAUAUAAACAUCGUAUUUAAAAAAAAUAAAUAAAA